CAGGGUCACACACAGGACCAAGCAGGAGCAGGACCUCAGCAUUUUUCCUUUUUAUUACAAAUGGAGAAACAUGAAGAUGUUCAAUACUGUUUUCAAGACGGAAACUCUUCUUGCAGAAAGGCUUUGCUAUCGACAUCUAUCUACAUAACACUGUACAUCUUCUUCACAUUGAUUUCAGCAGUUACAGUAUUUUUGAAUGUACUGGUGAUCAUCUCCAUCUCUCACUUCAAGCAGCUCCACACUCCAACCAACCUGCUCAUCCUCUCUCUGGCUGUGUCAGAUCUCCUGGUUGGACUGAUUGUGAUACCAGUAAUGACUGUAGCAAUAUUGGAACCGUGCUGGGGUUUUGGGGAAUAUUUCUGCGUGUUUCAAUUCUACAUUACUUUUUUAUGUACUUCUUUAUCGCUUGGCAAUUUGGUCUUGAUAUCUAUUGACCGCUAUGUUGCUGUGUGUGAUCCCUUAUUGUACCACUCUAAAAUAACAAUAACAGGAACUAUCUGUUGUAUAUCCAUUACCUGGUGUUGUUGUACCAUAUACGAUGCUGUUAUUUUACAAAACUUUGUAAAUGUGCAGACACCCAAUCACAGGCCAGAAAGGUGA